AUGGACGAGCAGCAUAAUGGAAGCGAAACGAACCACAUGGUUAACGUAGAAGAUAACGGCGUUGGAAGAACCCCUGAACACACCAACUUUGAAAAUUCUUAUCCUCGCACUGGAGAUGGAGCUAGUCCUGGAAAAAUAUUUAUUGGGGGUCUUGCUAGAGAAACAACUUCUGCACAAUUCAUCGAAUAUUUUGGUAAAUAUGGAGAAAUUACGGAUUCAGUGAUAAUGAAGGACAGGAAAACGGGGCAUCCUCGCGGGUUCGGGUUUGUCACUUAUGCAGACCCAGCUGUGGUUGAUAGAGUCAUUGAGGAAACUCAUAUUAUAAAUGGAAAGCAAGUAGAAAUCAAGAGGACUAUACCAAGAGGAGCAAGCAUCAAAGAUUUCAGAACAAAGAAGAUUUUUGUGGGCGGUAUUCCGACGACUAUUGGUGAAGAUGAAUUCAGGGACUUCUUUUCCAAGUAUGGAGAUGUGAAGGAGCAACAAAUCAUGAGGGAUCAUUCGAGUGGCCGCUCUCGUGGCUUUGGAUUUAUUACGUUUGAGGAUGAACAGUCUGUUGACGAUCUCUUGGCAAAUGGCAAUAGACUUGAAUUUGCUGGAGCUCAGGUGGAGAUCAAGAAGGCAGAGCCUAAGAAGCCUAAUCCUCCACCCCCACCACCGUCUAAGCGGCUGAGUAACUCAAGAGCUGGAUUUGGAGAUACCUACGGUGGAUUUGGUGGUGGUGGUGGUGGUGGGUUUGGCAGAAGUGGUUUUGGUGUAGGUUCUUAUAGAUCUGGCGGAGCCUAUGGAGGUAGAGGUAGAGGUAGUGGAUAUGGUGGAAGUGAACUUGAUGGUUACAGUGGAUAUGGUGCAGGUGGUUAUAGUGGAUAUGGUGCAGGUGGUUAUGGAGGUUUCAGGGGGGAUCCUUCAUUAGGAUAUUCCAGUCGUUUUGGGGGAGGCUAUGGUAGAGGCUAUGAUUUUGUUGGUGAGUAUGCUGGGCCAGGUGAGAGUUAUGGAGGAUAUGGUGAUGGUGGUGGAUAUGGAGGAUAUGGCAGUAUUACUGGUUUCGAGGGUGGCUAUGGAGGGGGUGACAGUGGCUAUGGAGGUGGCAGUGGAGGUUCACUCUAUGGAAAUAGAGGUUAUGGUGGUGCCGGGGGUGGAAGGUAUCACCCAUACGGAAGGUAG